AUGCCCCCUACAAUUGACUUUCCCAACUUCCAAUAUGAGAAUCUGCCCUCACCCUCUUUAAUUCGUUUACUGUCAUUCAUCAAAAGACCUCGCCAAUUGUCACCUCCCACGAUAUUCGGACAACAAGUCAUCGAAUGUGUCUUGGAAACAGUAGAGAUCAACACAGCCCCCGCUUACGAUCUUAUCUCCGCAAUACAUGGGAACCCAGAUAGCGCCGAUCCAGGCGACAUUGACGAUUACGGACCAAUGCAUCGCUAUCCUAUCUCCGUCAACGGAAAAAUGAUGUUCGUGACCAGAAACAUCUAUGAGUUCUUGAAGAUGGCCGAGAAGGUCAACGAUUCCGUUGAGAAGCGCGAUGAGAUCUUCCUUGAGACGAAAUUAAUCAAUGCUGCUCGAAAUAAUCAGCGAACAAAGGUUCAGAGGCUACUGGAACAAGGCGCUUUUGUGAAUGCCCGAGACCGUUUUGGACAGACAGCGAUUCACCACGCAGCAGAAUCCGGCUUUUUAGACACCAUGGGCCUUCUACUUGACUGCGGGGCUAGCAUGAAGGUGCUGGAUAAUAAAGGUCAAACACCUUUUGAUUACCUUGAUUAUGCGAGGCAAGGAGACUGGAAUCGCCUUGAGGAAAUUGCGUACAAGAUGCAAAGGACACCCGAAGAAAGAGAACUUGUUCCGAUCCCUCAAGUCGUUCGUGUUGGGAAACCAAUGUGGAUUGAUGCAAUUUGUAUCGAUCAAACGAACGACAGAGAACGGAUUCAUCAUCGUUCUCUCAUCAGCCAGCUCUAUCAACGCGCGAACUCUUUGAUCGCUUGGAUAGGAGUUCAGGACGCCGAAACCACGCAGGCAAUACAAACUAUCACAAGAAUCAUUCGCUUCGUUGCCAAAGACGCGGAAGGUCGUUUUGUCCCUACAAUGCCUUACGAGUUCGAGAAGCCAGCUAUCAUCAAGCUUCUGAGACGGUCUUGGUUCGAACGAGAUGAUCUAAUGCAUGAAGUUGCCUUUGGAAAAGCAAUCACUGUUUACUGUGGUACUGACUCAAUUCCCUUUUCUUAUAUAAUGCAAUUUCUGAGAAGGGAGCCUUAUAGUAGAAGCUUCUUGCCUCCUGAUCUUCAGAUCUGGGCUUUGAUUGGAGACAAAGGUUCGAACAAACGAUUGUCACUGGAAUUGGCGGGAGAUCAGAAGAGGGUGCGACGAAUUGAGACAUGA